UAACUUCAAAUUAUUGUGAAUUUUUUAAAGGCAAAUACAUAUCUAUAAAUCCACGAUGUGUGGCUGGAUUCUUCAUAAUGCGUAACAACCGUAACGUUUUUAUUAACUGAAGCUAUAUAAACCGUUGUACUUCGAUAAUAGAACAACAUUUAUUAAUAACAAAUCGUAUAGUACUACAAUAAUGAGUUCUACAGAUAAAAUAGAGUCUCAUUCUUGUGGUAAAGCAGGUCUAUCACCAUCUGGAGACGCUGGUGAAGAGAAUAAAGCAGAAAAAGUUUCAAACCAGCCAGUCACAAAUGUUACGCCGGCAAUAGCAGCCACUAGUGAUGGAGCCAAUAAUCCGGGUGAUGAAGCUAAACAAACCGACCAAUCAGAAGUGUUAAAAGAUCAAUUAUGUGAUGAGAAAAGUAAAUCAUCUGUAAGUAGUGAGGUUGAUGAUGACAUUGUGUUAAAAUGGGAUGAUGAAGAUGAAGAAAAAGAUAAAACACUGGUAGCUGGUGAAGUAGAUGAGAAUGAACUAUUAAAAGAUAUUGACGAUGAAAUCACAGAAUUAAGUAAUAAGGAGGAGGAACUAUUGGAAAAAAGUUUAAAUUCAUCGCCAACAGAUAAACAGAGUUUGAAAGAUCCAAAUGCUAUGUUAGAAAUACCUACACAAGAAAUAAUUGAAUUCAGCGAUGAUGAGGAAUUUACGGAAAGCUGGAAAAUGAUGCCCGAUGAUGAUCUGGAUGAUGAAAUACUAGAAAAAGAUACUAUUUUAACAAGUGAUGAACAAACUGAGGAAAUAAAAGACAUUAAAACAACAACAGAUAAAAAUAAAGUUGAUAUUGAGCCUAAAGUUCCAGACACUGAUCCUAAUACGGAAAGUGAAUCUAUUCCAAAUAAAGAUGAUAAUCUCGGUGAUUUGCUAUUAGAAUCACUGGAUGAUGAGGAAAAGCAGUUAGAUAAAGAACUAGACAGUAUGAUUCCUUUUAAUGUGGACUCGGAAACAGAAGCUGAUGAUGUUAUUGAUUUAGAUGAUGGCAGUGAACUGGAAGAUGUUCCCACUCCAACAGCUCUUGAGGAAGCUAAACUUACUGAAGAGGAAGAAUUGCAAAAUGCCAUAAGUUGUAUAGAGCAGACUUUAAAAGAUUUUGAGGGUGAAACAACUGAUAUUGAUAAAAUUAUUGAAGAAAUAGAACCUGCUCAAGAUGAUAAAGGUCUGCAACAAGAUGCUACAGUUAAAGAUGAUGAUAAUAUACCUACUAUAAUGGAAACUGAACUUAUUGAAGAAACAGAAAUGGAACAGCUAAAUGUAGAUGAAAAAAUUGAUGAAAAAGAAGUAGUUUGCAUGGAAGAAGAUUUAAAUGAGGAUAGUAUAGUAAAAGAACUAGAUAAUUUACAGGAAAAAGCAGAAGAUACAAAAGCCAUAGAAGCAGAAAACGAAAUGAAUCAAAAAGAUAAUGUUAUUGAAGACAAGGAAAUGAUUGUUGAACCAACAGAUAGUGAAUUAGUAGCUAAUUCUCCUGUAAAUAAAGAAUUACUAAGAAAUGAAUGUGUACCAGAAACUGAGGAAGAUGAUAUUAAUGAACCUACAACUAUAGAUGAAGAGGAACCAAAAGAACUUGAAAUUGUACCAUCGGAGGACUCCAAAGAUUCAUCUCCACAGCAAGAUACUAAAAAAGACGAAAAUGUAGAAUCCAAUUCAAAUAGUGAUAUACACCUACAAGAUCCAGAAAAUUCCAUACCUGAUACAGAGAAACUAGACAACACUGAACCAAUAUCUAAAACUGCUUUACACAUAGAAGAAUGUUUGCCAUCAACAUCAAAAGAACAUGUAAUAAAUGUUGAAAAUGUAGAUGCUCCGGAACAUUCUAAACCUUUAGUAGAAGAACCUCCAACAAAAGAACAUAAAACAAAUAGUGAAAAUACAGUUACGGAACCUUCUAAAUCUUUAGAAGUACCAUCAAAAGAACAUAAAACAAAUAGUGAAAAUACAGUUCCGGAACCUUCUAAAUCUUUAGUAGAAGAACCAACAAAAGAACAUGAAACAAAUAAUGAAAAUACAGUUCCGGAACCUUCUAAACCUUUAGUAGAAGAACCAACAAAAGAACAUGAAACAAAUAAUGAAAAUACAGUUCCGGAACCUUCUAAACCUUUUGUAGAAGAACCAACAAAAGAACAUGAAACAAAUAAUGAAAAUACAGUUCCGGAGUCUAAAUCUCUAGUAGAAGAAUGUCAACCGUCAACAUCUAAACAAGAUCCUAUGCAAUUAGAUGAUGGGCAGAAUAAUGUACAGGACACGUCUGAUAGCCUUGGGCUACUUGCGGAAUCUUCUAGAAUGAUGGAUGACGAUGAAGACGCUGAAGAUGAUGAUGAUGGUGAUGAUGAAGACGAGUUUGAUCCUGAUGAUGAAAGUAGUAAUCAAAUGACAGUGGAUCAGUCUGAAGAUUCCAAUACCAAAUUUGAAAGUGACGGACAAAAAGAUACAAUAACGGAAGAAAAGAAUGAUGAGGAAGAAAAUACAUUUGAAUUGAACAAGGAAACAGGAGAAUGUACGGAACAGACCCAAGAAAUUGAACAAAAUGAUGAAACUGAUAAGAAUCAACCUGAUGACAAUACUAAAAUGGAUGUCACAGUCCAAGAUAAUGCCGAUAUAGAAAUAUUCAAAAUAUCAGACACUGAUACAGAUGAUAGUGACAGUAAAACUAAUAAAGAGUCUAAAACUGAUGAAAAUACAGAAAAUGUAAAAUCAGUGACCCUCGUGGAUUUAGAGGGUAGUUCGUCAGAGGAUGAUACCACCGAAACCAAACAGACGGACUCACAGAACGUGACAUCCGUGAACAUACCUGGUAACAUUGACGUGAUCUCCAUGACCAGUUCGGAUACUAGUGCUGCCAUUACUAUUAAAGAGGGGGAAGUCGUUAUAAGUGGGAUACCGAAGAUGCCACCUGCAAAACCUGCUAGACUGAAUACCAGUGAAGUUUCCAUAAAAACAACAAAAAUGCCAAGCCUCGAAGUGUUCAACUUGGAUUCCGAUGAUGAAGAAUCUAUCGGUUUGCAAGAUCAAGACAUAGCUCCAGAAACGGAAGUAGUCACGGGCGAAUUAACCGACUGCGCACGCAAAAAGAAGUGCGUCAACGAAUCGUGUCCCAACAACACGAAUGUGUACUAUGUGGCUGAUAAUAGCACUAUGAGUUUCUAUGAGGGAAAGAAGAAUCGAUUUUAUGUGUGUGCUACUUGCGCUGAUGUUGUUGUAUUAAGAAAUGCUAAACUAAUCGAAGGCAUACGCAAUUUCGAAGACCUCCUAUCCCUGGAUUUGGGCAAAGACUGCAAGGAUCCCAUUGAAGUGUUGGACUCGGAUUCUGAUGAUGAAGUGGACCCUGAGGGUGUGGAAACCGAGCUGGUGGGGGAAAAGGGGGCCAAAUUAUUAGAAGAACAAUUAGCGGAUAUGAUCAACGCAACGUGGGAUAAAUUCAAAAUGGAUUCCCGUUUGCUGGAUACCGUCGAUGAGUUGAAGAAGCAAAUGGCUGAUUUGGAGAGCGAAGGCAUGCAAGUAGACGCCAUGCUAAAAGAAUGUCAAGCGUCUACGGAUAAAUUACGAAAUGAAUUAUACUCCACAUUCCAACCGGAAAUACAGGAAUUGCCAGCGUUAUGUAUUGUCGACACUCCACAGAGUACUUAUGCUACCUUGGAGACUUUGCCUAAUCAAACAGAGAUAUCACGUAAUUUAAAACGGCGUAUGUCUUCGAGCAGCGAGUCGUCAUCGAAACGCGCGGCCAUACCGCUUCGAUACACUUCGAUUACUGGAGAAACACAAGGACAAAAAGACGACGCUUCAGCAGAUAAAUCUGAAGAUGAUAACACGGACAUAUCCGUGGUAAAACUAUCAGCGGAGGUUGCCCCGGCGGACUUGCCCCCGCCCGGGAAUAUUGUCCGAGCUAUAUUGCGUCCCGGGAUGGAUGUAUACGCGAAGAGGAAGGAAUUGCGCUCUUGGGGCAAAGCGGUCAUUAUUGAAGUGGGGGGCGCUUCGUCUUCAGAAUACACGAACUGUCGUGUGAAAUUCGCCAAUGAAUUGAAAUUCGCAGCGCCGCGGAAUUUAUACAAAAAUCUCACCGCUCAGUGCUUAGCAUAUUACGAACCGGCUAAUGCAAGAAUGACUAUUGGUACUCGAGUGAUAGCUCUGUUCCAAGACACGAAUCAAAAGCAGAAAGGCCAAAAGAAAAACGACUGUUACUACGCUGGCGUGAUCGCUGAAAUACCCAAUCCUGUUAAUAAUUAUAGAUAUCUAAUAUUCUUCGACCACGGUUACGCACAAUACGCUAAACACGCGAACACGCGGCUCGUGUGCGAAUGUUCGUCUUUAGUUUGGGAGGAAGUGUAUACCGCGUCUAAGGAAUUCAUUCGGAAAUAUCUGAAGGAAUAUCCGGAAAGGCCGAUGGUCAGGCUACACGCUGGACAGUCUAUUAAGACUGAGUGGAGAGGUAAAUGGUGUCCAGCGAAAGUGCUAAAAGUGGACGCUUCUCUUGUCCUAGUACAAUUCGGUAAAGACCUCCAGGACAGGUUGGAGUGGAUAUAUCGAGGGUCGAAUCGUUUGGAGCCGCUGUUCUUGGAGCAGCAAGCGGCUGAAAGGCACAGGACUAGGGCUUUGCCCCGAGCGCAGGCGCAUUCUAGGACCAACAUACCAUACGUAGAGUACACGAGAUCCGACGAACAGAUGAAAUCGAAUGAUUUGGCGCAACCCAAAGAAGUUAUUAACGAGGAGAUUCGUCGCCAACGUGCCGUAGCGAAGAAGUCAACAACACAGCCUUCGCAAGCAGCACCGCCUGUUUCUUCAAAAUUGGAGAAUUUCACAAGUCGAGUUGUGUACUACACGCCGAAGAACGCGGUCCGUCCGUACCGUAUAACGGGUUCUCAUACAUGCAGUGUUUCGUGCAAACGCCGCGACGUGUUAGCGCUGCGAGAUCUGCGCACAUACAACCCGCUGGCAAAGCCUCUGCUGAGCGGCUGGGAGAGGCAAAUAGUCCGCUGGAAGGGCAACAAGGGUGUAAUGUACCGAGCCCCGUGCGGGCGGCGCAUACGCAACGUGCGCGAGCUGCACAAGUACCUGCGCGCGGUGGGCUCCGACAUGGGCGUCGAUCUGUUCGACUUCAACCCCAACACGCACUGCCUAGCCGAGUUCGUGAUCAACAAGUGUCUCAUAUCGAAGAAGGAUCUUUCCCACGGCAAGGAGAACGUGCCCGUGCCGUGUGUGAACUACUACGACGAGUCACUGCCGGAGUUCUGCUCGUACAACACAGAACGGACCCCCACCGCUGGGGUCCCACUCAAUUUGGACCCGGAGUUCUUGUGCGGAUGUGAUUGUGAGGAUGAUUGUGCGGAUAAAAUGAAAUGCGCGUGUUGGAAGAUGACUCUAGAAGGUGCUAGAACAAUUGGACUCGACGUGAGAAAAGUCGGUUACGUGUACAAGAGAUUGCCGGAACAAUUGCCGUCCGGUAUAUACGAGUGUAACUCGAGAUGUAAAUGCAAGUCUACAUGUUUGAACAGAGUCGCACAACAUCCUUUACAACUGAAAUUACAAGUAUUUAAGACGAUGAAUAGAGGUUGGGGCAUUCGUGCCCUAAACGAUGUGCCCAAAGGGGCAUUUUUGUGUAUCUACGCGGGCAAUCUGCUCACUGAUGCUACGGCUAAUUUGGACGGUCUCAACGAAGGUGACGAAUAUUUGGCAGAACUCGACUAUAUAGAAGUGGUGGAACAAAUGAAGGAGGGAUAUGAAGAAGAUAUACCGGAAUCUAUUAAACAAUUGGAUAAGAAAGAGAGCGAAAAGACAUCAGAUGAGAGUGAGUCAGAAGAGUCGUCUACGACGGAAGAAGAGAAGGGCGCUGAAAAGGACGACGAUGAAUUCGUGCCGAGUUAUAUUGGGAGUGGGGUUAUGAAGUUUAACAAGCGCUUAAGGAAAAGGACAAAGAAUAAAGAAGAGAAAGAGAAACAAGAGGCUGAAGCCGAGAAAGAGAGGGAAAAGAAGAGCGGUGAUGAUUGUAUCACGAUUAGUGAUGAUGAGGAUGUUCGCGAACCUUCGCAGUUCACGGCCACUGCCGGUAUGGGAGGGAAUGAGUUUCUAUCUAAACAUAAAUCGGUUCGCACUUUAUACGGCGAAGACGAAGCGUGCUAUAUCAUGGACGCUAAGGUGCAGGGCAAUAUUGGACGGUAUCUUAAUCACUCCUGCUGUCCCAACGUGUUCGUUCAAAACGUGUUCGUGGACACGCACGAUCCGCGCUUUCCGUGGGUCGCGUUCUUUGCACUGACACACAUACGCGCCGGCAAGGAGCUGACCUGGAACUACAAUUAUGACGUGGGUUCGGUUCCCGGGAAGGUGUUGUACUGUCAUUGUGGAGAGCCGAACUGUAGGGGACGGUUGUUGUAGAAUCUCGAAGCUGUCAAUCAUCAUGAACUAUUACUUCGUUUAGAAAAUAUAAGACCUUAAAACCUUAAAAUAGAAUGCAGAUAAAUCUCGAAUUUUCUUUCUUUACUCUCGCAUUAUAUAAAUUGAUAAAAGUUUUCAGUUGUGAAUUACAUUUGAAUACUAAGUGAAAAACUAACGGUAUAAUUAUAUUAUCACCUAUAAUGAGUAAAGCCUUAAUAACUGUUCUAAUUCGAGAAUUCUAAUACAUUUUAUUUGUUGUUAAAUUUUGUCAGUUUUUUUGUCAAAAAGUUCAGUAACAGUGUAAUUUUAAUUUAAAAAUUGUAUAUGCAUUUUUAGCAGUGUUGCCCUACACCUUAGUUGCUACGAAUAGUCGUUUCGAAUGUAAAACUCAUGUAUUUUGACAAACAGAAUGGAUUACGGCAAUAGAUUUCCUUUCUAUACAAUUAUAUAGAAAACUAUUAAAUUCUAAACAUUAUCGUUUUUAAAACUCGUUUAGUUAAUUAUUGUAUUGUGUUUAUGAUUCUGUUCUGUCUUACCAAUAAAAUGUUACCCAUUCGCUAUUCAAUGGAUUAGUUAUUGCAAUAACCUGUCUUGUUUUUAUGAUUUACGUUUCAUGUGAGCAAGCGCAGGACACAGCUAUGGUAGAAAAUGGUAGAAAUUUAUCCAUUGUUUAACUUUUUAUUAGUAAGGCCGCUACAUUAUAUCAUGUCAAUGUGUAAC